AUGUCGCAAUCACAGUACGGCAUGAGCCAUUACGCUUCACAGCCGUCUUAUUCGCCUAGCUACCCGCCUACGAGCCAACAGUCCUACGCAGACCACAGGCCCACGACAUCAGGAUCAUAUCCCUCUACAUACGCCUCCAAUCCUGGAUUAUCGCAUGGCGGCCACCCGAGAAGACCUGACGAGCAUACAAUAUUGCCACCGUAUCAACCUCAGCCGCCAUCGCUCCCGCGAAGUCCAUACCAACAACAUCAAACCUCAGAUUCACUGCGUUCGGGCUCCGCAUCCCAUAGUUAUUCUUACCCUGCUACUCAGGGCAGCCUUCCAAGUCAGUCAAUGGGAAACAACACUUCUAAUUUUCCCCCUCCAUCAUUAUAUCCUCCUACCAGCUACAACGUGGGCGAAUAUCACCCACUUCCAACAAUGUACCCACCCUCAUCAACAACACCUGCUGCGUACCCACCAUACGAGCCUCCACAGGGCAACCCUGCGCCCCCAGCUAGCGCCGUUUCAGCACUAUCUUCUUCCCCGAAUUCGCCAAACGGCGCUUUGAUGCCGCCGCGCGUCCUCAAUUCUCGACCCAAGCCACAGUGCUGGGAGCACGGUUGCAAUGGGCGUCAAUUUUCAACAUUCAGUAAUUUGCUACGACAUCAACGCGAAAAGUCAGGCACUGCGUCCAAAAGCUACUGUCCACGAUGUGGGGCAGAGUUUACGCGUACGACUGCAAGAAAUGGCCACAUGGCGCAUGACAAGUGCAAGCCUCGAAGGCCAUCGGAUGCAAGCCGAUGA